GGUCUCCGGAGGCUUUAUCAGCAGGGCUGCCUGCCCGCCGGGUAGGUAGUGCUGCCUAGCGGGUCUCGGGGACCUUCGAAAUAGCUGCCGCUCUCACCAUGGCUUGUGUCCAGACUACGCCACAGCCUCUCGGGAGACGUGGACCCUCAGAACCUUUUUAGUGCCGGACUCCGGGCCGCAGGCAGUCUCGCGGCAGCAGGAUAACAGAACUUCUGGAUGGACUCUUCCUGGGAAGCUUUGCUAAUUUGCAGCAGCUGGACCAUGUUCCUCAUUAACAUCUGUCUGUCAGCUUAGUCGUCACAUCAUUUCACUGUGGUGGCAGGGACUCAGCUCCGAAUUCUAUAUAGAAAAAGCACCUGGAUCCCAGUCUUUCAAUGGCUUCAAGACAACCAGAAGUGCCUGCUCUUGAGGCUAGUGGGCCUCUAGGCAAGAUGUCCCUGCCCAUCGGGAUAUACCGCCGGGCACUCAGCUAUGAUGAUACCCUCGAGGACCCUGCGCCCAUGACUCCUCCUCCAUCGGACAUGGGCAGCGUCCCUUGGAAGCCAGUGAUUCCAGAACGCAAGUAUCAGCACCUCGCCAAGGUGGAGGAAGGAGAGGCCAAUCUACCCUCCUCUGCCAUGACCCUGUCAUCGGCCAUUGACAGUGUGGACAAGGUCCCAGUGGUGAAGGCUAAAGCUACCCAUGUCAUCAUGAAUUCUCUGAUCACAAAACAGACCCAGGAAAGCAUUCAGCAUUUUGAGCGACAGGCAGGGCUGAGAGAUGCUGGCUACACACCUCACAAGGGCCUCACCACCGAGGAGACCAAGUACCUUCGAGUGGCCGAAGCACUCCACAAACUAAAGCUACAGAGUGGAGAGAUAACAAAAGAAGAGAGGCAGCCUGCAUCAGCCCAGUCCACCCCAAGCACCACUCCACAUUCUUCACCUAAGCAGAGGCCCAGGGGCUGGUUCACUUCUGGUUCUUCCACAGCUUUACCUGGCCCAAAUCCUAGCACCAUGGACUCUGGAAGUGGGGAUAAGGACAGAAACUUGUCAGAUAAGUGGAGCCUCUUUGGACCGAGAUCCCUUCAAAAGUAUGAUUCUGGAAGUUUUGCCACCCAGGCCUACCGAGGAGCCCAGAAGCCCUCUCCAUUGGAACUGAUCCGUGCUCAAACCAACCAAAUGGCUGAAGAUCCAGCAGCCUUGAAGCCACCCAAGAUGGACAUCCCAGUGGUGGAAGGAAAGAAACCACCACCACGGGCCCAUAACCUCAAACCCCGUGACUUGAAUGUGCUCACACCCACUGGCUUUUAGAGCCGUUUCUUUCCAGGGAUUCUGAUGAAAUGACUGAAAAGUAAAAUCUCUCAAAACUAAAGUCUGUAAUCUGCGAAGAAGUAUAGUAAGUAUACAACAGCGUAUUCAGAAAGUCUGGAAACACAGGAAACAAAGCUGCCUCGAGAUGGAAGUGCAAGGCCCUUUCAACAUUCAAACAGCACACAUCUACUGAGCACCUGCUGCACAUCUGGAACUGGCUAGAGUCUGGGGACACAGUGGAAUUCAGAGCCUUGGGCCCAGUCCUUGUAGACUGAUAUUCUAGUUGCAGGAAGCCUGACAAUAAGUUAGUCAACAAUAUUGAUUGUAGUCUGCGGCAAAUGCAAUCAAAUAAAUAAAUCAGAUGCGGUGAUAAACAGUAACAUUGAGGGGAAUAAGGGAAGCAGCCCACUCUAGCCAGGGAGGGUCUGUGAGCUGAGUAUGGACGGAUGAGGAGGCAGCCAUGCAAAGGUCAAAGGGAAAAGCUGUCCAUGGAGGACAGCAAAAGCAAAUGCCCUGAGGAAAAGCAUACUUUGAGAACUAGACAGAAAGUCAGGUAGUAAGCCUUCUGCCAUGGUAAGACGCAGCAAGAAGUCCUUCCCGUGUGCAGCCCCUCAACCUUGGACUUCCCAGCCGCUGGAACUGGGUGGAAGCACUGGGGAUGCAUAUACCACAUGUUAAUUGCAUCCAUGGAAGGCAAUGGAGAUUACAUUUGAUACCUAAAGUUUUUCAGCUAACAUAAAGUAAUGACUUCAUAAAUUGAGAAACUAAAAAAAAAUCAGAGUAAUAAAAGGGAGAGAAGUACUAGAUGAGAUUGGAAGGUAGGGUAGGCCACAUUAUAAUGUGGAGUUCGGCCUUUGAGAGCAAAACAGGGUAUCUGUAGACUUAGAGGGUUGUAAACAGGGAAAUAUGAGCUGUUUCAUUUGUGACUUGUUAAGAACGGUCUUGGGAAGAAAAGAGCCUUUUUGUAGACUUUGAUUUUCUUAAGGCAUGUGCCACUCUGAAAAAUAUAAAAAUGAUUUUGAAAGAAGUGGGAAAAAAGUUGACUGAAUAGGGUGGGACAGGGAUACUUAGAGGGGAAGCAAGAAGCAUUUGGAGUUUAUUAAAUCCUGCAGGAAAGUUAAAGAAGCAAAUGUUAGCAGCGCCCAUCUCAGCACUGUCCAUGGGGGAGGAAACCCUGGCCAGUGGACUUCAGCCCUGCUGGUCUAGUCAGCAAGGACUUGGAUUUUAUGCUUCGGUAAGAUGAGAAUUGUUAUAUCAGAGGCUGCUGAUUACCGUAUGAGGACAUUUAGCAUUGAAAAGGGUUUGAGCCAUAAUGCCUCAGUCAAGAUAUUUCAGCUGAUAGUAUUGUUAGUAGUUUUGGAUCAAUAAAAGAGUCAGCUAUUUUUUAUCAUCAUCAUCAUCAUCAUCAUCGUCAUCAUCACCACCACCACCAUCAUCACUAUAGGACAGGCCUACCUAAUAUGUCAAACCUGAGCUCCUGAUCUUCCUUGCAGAUCUUUCUCCAUGUCAGCAAUGGCAGAACCCUGGGAGUCAUCCUUCAGACUCAGUCACUUAAGCCCUGUCAAAGUUAUAUUCGAAGUGCUUCUGUCCCAUCCACUGCCUUCUCCACUGUCCUUCUGUCCUUGCCACACCCUUGUCACCAUUACCCCUCCUCUGGCCCUCUGCCAAAUGAUUUGCUACACAUCAGGUAGAGCGGCCUUUUAUAUUUGCAGAUCUGAUCAUGACACUCCCUUACUUGGAACUAACCACUUUGAUGGCUUCACGCUGUUCUAGGAACCAGCUGAAUUUCCUUAGCAUGGCCAAGAUGGCCCUUCACAACCUGCCCCAUGGACUACUCUAGUUUCAUUUAGUGUUAUUCUCCCCUUACUCACUACAUCCUUGCC